UACCGCUGCGGUUUCAUCACAGAAAGAAAGGUUUGAGAGAGACAACUUCGCAUCGCUGUAGUUAUGAACCACACGUCACGUCUGGCUAAAGACGUUGUGCCCUGAACAAGUUAAGACCGAGCAUCAAACGGAGGAAACUGGGGUCCGUUGUACAGAGAUCCACAGACAAACUCGGUGAUAUAGCAGUAUAUAAUGGUCGACUUUCAUCUGGCGUGAAACAAUGUGUAGCACAUUGGUCGCUCUAAAUCACAAUCUCCCCGAUAACAAAGGUGUUUGCUGGACUGAAACGUGAUCGUCCUCACGCGUUGAUGUUGUGAAAACAACUAAAGCGCUGUUCGGUUCGAUCCGUGUCGUGAAUACCUGGAAUCUCGGCGCGAGGAAAACAAGCAGUCGGUUAGCCGCUGUCGAGCCAGCCACGAAUCUGUUGGGCAGGAAGUUCGCGACACCGUUUACGGCAGAGCGUCGCGACGUCACUUACGGCAGCUGCGUGGACUUGUAAACAAAUGCGUGUUCGGCGGUGAAGUGAAACUGGCGGUUUCACCUCGCCGUCUGGCCACUUGCGCGACGAUGGAGAAGAAGUUGGCGGAGUUCAGAGAGCGACGACGGGCGGAGGACGUCCUGAAGAAGGAGCCGAGCGGUGAGCCACAGCCGGAAAGUGAAGUUACUGAGAGUGGACAGGCGGAAGCGACGUCCGAGAGCAGCCGCUCUGCUGCUGCUGCUGCUGCUGACGACCCUCGACGUCAGGAUGGCAGCGACUGGCUGCUGGACAGCGCUCCGGGUCGGUGGCUCGCCUCCCAACACCGCCUCACCUCCCACCUGUUCGCGCUCAAGCUCCUGCUCUGGCUGGUCCUCCUCGGGCUCUUUGCUGAGCUGGAGUUCGGGCUCCCCUUCUUCGUCGUCUCGCUCUUCUACUGGCUGUACGAAGGGCUCCGGAGUCCCGCGCCUCGUCAGCCCGGAGAACUCAGCGCUUAUUCCGUCUUCAACCCGGGGUGUCGCCCCCUGCUGGGGAGCCUGACGGCGGAGCAGCUGGAGGGCGAGAUGGGCUACAGACCCCUGGCCAACACAUGACCGCGGUUAUUUGAAUGGACGAGCACUUGGUUUGGGUAAUUCAUGCUUUUUUUUUUUUUUCUUUUCUUCAAAAAUCCAACAUUUGAUCGUUUAAUUUUGACUUCUAUUCACGGGUGUUACCAAACAACUGAGACAAAAAUAAACAGAAGUCAAUUUCGUUUUCUCUUUGUGACAUUAAUAAAGUAACAAUCAUAGUGAU